GCAGUACACAGCCUCCGUACACCCACCUUCUCCUCAGGCUUCCUCACCUUAUCCCGUCAGCACAGCCGCCAUGUUGCUACUCUCCUGCCACUACUAAGAUGGAAGACAGUGACUUCCGUCGGGCCAGUGGGCGGGGUUGCGGGCGGACGGUCACUUCCGGUUUCCCGGCAACUGAAAAACGUGUUCACCGAGAAACGUGACGGAGCGGACGGAGAGCAAAAGACGAUGAAGAGGCGGAGCGAGGAGAACCGGGAGCCGGAGGCGCUGCUCGGAGGAGACGGUGUGAUGAGUGACGGAGAGGACACUGACCUGAGUGACAGCGAGGAGAGCCAAUACUCUGGGCUGGAGGAUUCUGGGAGUGACAGCAGCGAUGAGGAGAAGGAAGAGGUGGAGCCUGAGGACAAGGUUCAACAGGAGAAGACUGAUCAGGAACCCGCAGGGAGCAAUGAGUAUGACCAGGACUCCUCUGAUGAAGAGGACAUCAGGAACACGGUGGGGAACAUCCCCAUGGAAUGGUACAAGGAGUUCCCUCAUGUCGGCUAUGACCUGGAUGGGAAGAUGAUAUUCAAACCACUGAGGAAUAAGGACCAGUUGGAGGAAUUUCUGGAUAAAAUGGAGAAUCCAGAUUAUUGGAGAACGGUUCAUGAUAAGAAGACCGGUCGGGACAUAAAACUGACUGAUGAGCAGGUGGAUCUGGUUGACCGUCUGCAGCGGGGACAGUUUGGAGAUGUGAACUUUGACCCUUACCAGCCAUCGGUGGAUUUCUUCACCCAUGAGACCAUGAUCCAUCCAGUCACCAACCGACCAGCAGACAAGAGGAGCUUUAUUCCAUCCCUCAUCGAAAAGCAGAAGGUCUCCAAGUUGGUUCAUGCCAUUAAGAUGGGUUGGAUACGUCCCCGGAAGCCUCGAGAUGACACCCCAAGUUACUAUGACCUUUGGGCUCAAGAGGAUCCCAACGCCAUCCUGGGGAGGCACAAAAUGCACGUUCCAGCUCCGAAGCUGCGUCUCCCGGGACAUGAAGAAUCGUACAACCCCCCUCCGGAGUACCUGAUGACCGAGGAGGAGAAAUUGGCUUGGGAGCAGCAGGACCCUGAGGACCGGAAGUUACCCUUCAUUCCCAAGAAGCACUGUUCCCUGCGCGCCGUUCCUGCAUUCUCCCGCUUCAUACACGAGAGAUUUGAACGCUGCCUGGACCUGUACUUGUGUCCCCGCCAGAGGAAGAUGAGGGUCAAUGUAGAUCCUGAGGAUCUGAUCCCUAAGCUGCCCAAACCCCGAGAUCUGCAACCAUUCCCAACGACACAGUCCAUGGUUUACCGUGGACACAAGGAUCUUGUUCGCUGCAUCAGUGUCUCUCCCUCCGGUCAGUGGAUCGUCUCAGGCUCUGACGAUUCCACCAUCAAGUUCUGGGAAGUUUGUUCCGGUCGUUGUAUGAAAACUGUUUCUCUGGACGGAGCCGUGAAAAGCGUCAGCUGGAACCCCAAUGCCUCCCUGGUGCUGGUGGCUGCGUGUGUGGAGCGCACAGUCUUUGUCCUGAACCCCGGCCUUGGAGAUCGUCUUCUCUGCAGUUCCACAGACCAGCACUUGGAGGCGUACCAGGCCCCGGAGGAGCAGAACCAGCAGCCGGUCACCUGGGUGGCAGCAGAGGGGGCAGAUUUCGAGCAGGGACUGCGGCUCCGGAUUAACCACGAGAAGGCAGUGAAGCAGGUGACGUGGCAUGGUCGUGGGGAUUAUUUUGCGGUGGUUCUCCCUGAUAAUGGGAAUUCCCAGGUUCUUAUCCACCAGCUCAGCCGCAGACGCAGCCAGAACCCGUUCCGCAAAAACAAAGGUCAGGUCCAACGAGUCCAGUUCCACCCCACCCGCCCCUUCUUUUUCGUGGCCACGCAGCGGUGCAUCCGCGUUUACAAUCUGCUGAAACAGGAGCUGAGCAAGAAGCUGCUCGCCAACUGCAAGUGGAUCUCCAGCAUCGCCGUCCACCCUGCAGGUGACAAUCUGAUCUAUGGAAGCUAUGAUUCUAAGUUGGCCUGGUUUGACAUGGAUCUCUCCACGAAGCCUUACAAGGUUCUCAGACACCAUAAGAAGGCUCUGAGAGCCGUGUCCUUCCACAGACAGUACCCGCUCUUUGCCUCUGGAUCGGAUGAUGGUAGCGUCAUCGUGUGUCACGGCAUGGUCUACAAUGAUCUCCUCCAGAAUCCUCUCAUUGUUCCCGUAAAAGUCCUGCGGGGUCAUCAUGUCACACGGGACCUGGGCGUCUUGGAUGUCAUGUUCCACCCUACUCAGCCUUGGGUCUUCUCUUCUGGAGCCGACUCCACCAUCCGGCUCUUCACAUAACCAGAGCGGCGGAAUGAUGGAGGCAGCGCGGAGUUCUUCUGUACAUACACAUCUGUCACCCCAGAGUCUUUGUUUUAUAAUAAAACUUCUCUUGGCCCCUUG